UGUGCUGGGGGUCCCAGAGGUGCAGGGAGGGCUAUUUCACCAGAAGGGGCAGAAUAAGUUUGAUUUCUAUUCACAAACUGGGGUGGGAAGGAGGAGGAGGAGGAGGUCCGUCUAAAACAGGCAUACCCAAAUUGCAGCCCUCCAGAUGUUUUGGCCUACAGCUCCCAUGAUCCCUAGCUAAGAGGACCAGUGGUCGGGGAAGAUGGGAAUUGUAGUCCAAAACACCUGGAGGGCCGAAGUUUGGGGGUGCCUGGUCUAAAACCUUAACAGAAAGCAUACCAUGUACACAAAAUCACAGAGAAAGAACGAGAAAGUGAAACUCAGGAAUAGGAAGAGGAAAGAAUCUCCACACAUCAGAUCAAUACUUUUCCCACUAAGAAAUGCAAACUGACAAUACCAUGCCAGGCUUAUGAAGUGGGGUGAGGAGCAAGCAGAGGAAAUUGGAAUCACUGGAGAGGUUUAGAAAUGGGGCUUCUGUGGGGAAGGGGCUGCCCCAUUUGUGCUUCUCCAGGGGCAGGAGAAUAUCUAGGGCAGGAGAAUCCCUGCAGGGCCUCUGAGGCUCCCUUUGCUUCUUCCUCUCUCCCAGGACCCUGCAGCUUGUUUUGGCUCCUCGACUCCCCAGGAAGGAUGAAAGAGACGGAUUCUGCAAAGCUAGCGAGGAUGGAAGGGGGAAGGUGGACGGUGGACCUGGUCAGGUUGCCUCCUGCAUCCCUCCCCGCAGCCUCUGAGCAUUCCCUCCCUGGGGCCUCCAAAGAAGGAGACUCCACCACACUCCUUGGUACGGUAACAAAUUCCACUGCCGAACAGCUCUUACUGUCAGGAAGUUCUUCCUAAUGUUUAGGUGGAAUCUUCUUUCUUGCAGUUUGAAUCCAUUGCUCCGUGUCCGCUUCUCUGGAGCAGCAGAAAACAAUCUUUCUCCCUCCUCUAUAUGACAUCCUUUGAUAUAUUUGACCAUGGCUAUCAUAUCACCCCUUAACCUUCCCUUCUCCAGGCUAAACAUGCCCAGCUCCCUAAGCCAUUUUUCUUCUUUGAUUUUUUCUUUGAUUUUAUAUGCUGUGAUCUUCUUUGUGAACCACCUUGAGACCUCUGGGUAUAGGGUGGUGAAGAAAUUAAUAAUAAUAAUAAUAAUAAUAACGGGAGAGAACAGAGAACAUUCAACAUCGCAAAGCCGAAUGCCUAGACAGGAGCUCUUGUGGCCGUUGUGCUUAGAUUAAGCGUGAGUUAUAUUCACUUUUCCUCUUCUGUUGCUAACGAAACAAUACAGAGUUGGUCUCCUCAUGAACAUGGGAAGGGGGUUCACAGUGAAGAAGGUGAUUUUCGUAUAAAUUUAAAUUUAGCCCAACCAGAUUGAGGUAACUGCUGAUGAGGAGUGUGCAGGUGAAGAUGUUGCUGUUUGUUUCACAGAGGAGGCAGGGACGUUGCUGUAAGGAAGCUCUGCGUAAGGAAGUCAAGGAGGAGAAUCGUGGGAUCAUGGACCCUCUCAGUAAAACUCCCGAUGGUGAUGAAUUGGAAAGGAAGAACAAGGGGGAAGGGAAGAACAGAAUCCACAUAGCAGAGAAGUCAUAUAAAUAUUCAGAGUGUGGAGAGAACAUCCGUCAGAGCUCCCGGUCCACCUCCCAUCAAAGAAAGAGCUUCGUUCAGAGGGAUAGCCUCACUUCACACAAAAGAGCACAGAGUAGGGAGAAAUUGUAUCAGUGCUUGGAAUGUGGGAAGAGCUUCAAUCGGAAAUAUAGUCUCACUUCGCAUCAAAGAAUUCAUACAGGGGAGAAACCCUAUCGGUGCUUGGAAUGUGGAAAAAGCUUCAGUCGGAAAUAUAGUCUCACUUCGCAUCAAAGAAUUCAUACAGGGGAGAAACCCUAUCACUGCUUAGACUGUGGAAAGAGCUUCCAUCACAGCUCCACUCUCACUUUCCAUCAAAGAAUUCAUACAGGGGAGAAACCCUAUCAGUGCUUUGAAUGUGGAAAGAGCUUUUGUCUGAGUGGUGAUCUCACUUCCCAUCAGAGAAUUCAUACACGGCAGAAACCCUUUCAGUGCUUCGAAUGUGGAAAAAGCUUCGGUUAUAAGAACGCUCUCACAUCCCAUCAAAGAAUUCAUACAGGGGAGAAGCCAUAUCCGUGCUUGGAAUGUGGAAAGAGCUUUCGUCAGAGUGGUGGUCUCACUUCCCAUCAAAGAAUUCAUACAGGGGAAAAACCAUAUCAGUGCUUGGAAUGUGGAAAGAGCUUCAGUCAAAACGCCCAUUUCACUUCCCAUCAAAGAAUUCAUACAGGGGAGAAACCCUAUCAGUGCUCAGACUGUGGAAAGAGCUUCAGUCAGAGUUCUUCUCUCACUUCCCAUCAAAGAAUUCAUACAGGGCAGAAACCCUAUCAGUGCUUCGAAUGUGGAAAGAGCUUCACUAAUAGCUCCUCUCUCACUUCCCAUCAAAGAAUUCAUACAGGGCAGAAACCCUAUCAGUGCUUCGAAUGUGGAAAGAGCUUCAGGAAAAGCUCCCAUCUCACUUCCCAUCAAAGAAUUCAUACAGGGGAAAAACCCUAUCAGUGCUCAGACUGUGGAAAAUGCUUCCGUCAGAAGGAAAUUCUCACUUCCCAUCAAAGAAUUCAUACAGGGCAGAAACCCUAUCAGUGCUUCGAAUGUGGAAAGAGCUUCACUAAUAGCUCCAAUCUCACUUCCCAUCAAAGAAUUCAUACAGGGGAAAAACCCUAUCAGUGCUCAGACUGUGGAAAAUGCUUCCGUCAGAAGGAAAAUCUCACUUCCCAUCAAAGAAUUCAUACAGGGCAGAAACCCUAUCAGUGCUUCGAAUGUGGAAAGAGCUUCAGGAAAAGCUCCCAUCUCACUUCCCAUCAAAGAAUUCAUACAGAGGAAAAACAAAAAACCAAAAGUAAUAUAGCAAAAAACACAAUUGUAUAGAAAAGAGAAGGGGGUAAGAAUAACUAAAAAUACCCUUUAUCACAUUUGUAUCAUAUGAUUCAUCAACACAUAGGGAAGACAGGCGCCCCAGCUCAAUCCUGGGUGCCCCCCUCUUCUCCCCAUCGCCCACCCUGAGAGAUCCUUCCUUCCCUGCAUUACUUGCAGGUCCCUCGCACCUCCAACUCUCCUCUUCCUAUCUGUGUCCUUAAUUCAAAAUAAAGAAUCUUAAUAUAAAAGAUACCCAAAAAAAUGUGAAAAGGAAACUCCCAGCUCCCUCUCUGAAAAUCAUCUGUUGCAACAAUUAUUCAUAAUUUGCACUCCAGAAUAAUCCCAUCUGUAUUUCGUAUCCAGCCUUUUUCCUCCCCUUCAGCAAGACGACACUUUCCCCACAUUUCCCUCCCUAGCCCAGAUUUUACUUUCUUGGGCUCCUUGAUCACUGCAGAUGGUGACAGCAGUCACGAAAUUAAAAGACGCCUGCUUCUUGGGAGAAAAGCAAUGACAAACCUAGACAGCAUCUUAAAAAGCAGAGACAUCACCUUGCCGACAAAGGUCCGUAUAGUUAAAGCUAUGGUUUUCCCAGUAGUGAUGUAUGGAAGUGAGAGCUGGACCAUAAAGAAGGCUGAUCGCCGAAGAAUUGAUGCUUUUGAAUUAUGGUGCUGGAAGAGACUCUUGAGAGUCCCAUGGACUGCAAGAAGAUCAAACCUACCGGUAUCCAUUCUUAAGGAAAUCAGCCCUGAGUGCUCACUGGAAGGACAGAUCCUGAAGCUGAGGCUCCAAUACUUUGGCCACCUCAUGAGAAGAGAAGACUCCCUGGAAAAGACCCUGAUGUUGGGAAAGAUGGAGGGCACUAGGAGAAGGGGACGACAGAGGACGAGAUGGUUGGACAGUGUUCUCAAAGCUACAAACAUGAGUCUGACCAAACUGCGGGAGGAGUGCCUGGCGUGCUCUGGUCCAUGGGGUCACAAAGAGUCGGACACGACUAAACGAUUAAACAACAAGCCCAGCCUUCAAAUCUUAACCACUCAGACAGUGAAAUGUGACUCUUAUAAUGAUCAUCUCGAAAUCCAAAUUACUAUAGUACCGGGUAUUUCUCCAGUUUCUAGGUCCAGUAUCUAUAAAGUCUUAUUAAAACUGUUCCAUCAAAUCUCAGCCACAAGUCACAAUCCACAAUUAUUAUCUCUUUUACUGUUCAUCCAAUCCUGCUUCCUCCUCUUUCUUCUUUUCCUAAUCUUUGGACAUUUUAAUCCACAGAGGAUGGGGAAGAAGGCCUCUUAAUUCUCUUUCCUCAUACGAGAUCAUAGCUUGCGUUGUUCACCGUUUCAGGAGUUGCAUUGCAUCCCCUUUUAGGACCCUCGUACCUAUGGGACAGCCUCUCCCGGUAUGACCCACAGAGGACAUUAAGGUCCAUAAAUAAUAACAUACUGGAGAUCCCGAGUCACAAGGCGGUUAGGCUGGCCUCGACCAGGACCAGGGCCUUCUCAGUACUAGCCCCGACCUGGUGGAACGCUCUGUCUCAGGAGACUAGGGCCCUGCGGGAUUUGUCACCUUUUCGUAGGGCCUGCAAGACAGAGCUGUUCCGUUUGGCCUUCGGACUGACGCAGUCUGACCCCGGGGUUACCCUCCCCUAAGGUUUCAUCUCAUAAUGGUUUUAUCUUUCUUGUAGAUUUUUAAUUUUAAAAUUGAAUUUUAACAUUGUAUUAAUCUGUAUUUUAACUGAAUUGUUUCUUUUAUACUUGUGUUGAUAUAUUUUUUGUUAGCCGCCCUGAGCCCGGUCUUGACUGGGAAGGGCGGGGUAUAAAUAAAAUGAUGAUGAUGAUGAUGAUGAUGAUGAUUAUUAUUAUUUUGCUGGCUGUACAUUUUUCUCUGCCGAUCAUUCCCACACCAGCUCAGCCCAACCUCGUCUUUCUCUCUGCUCCUGUUCUUCCCUCGCCUGCUCAACACAACCUUCUGCCUCUCCCAGCAACUCCUUUCCGGCGACUCCCAGCUUAGGACCCACACAUUCCCCUCGGUCUCUUUUUCUGGGUCUUCAAUGCCAAGACGCCCCAUGUCUGGAUGGAGAGCAGAGCUGCAGAAGCUUCUUUGGAGUAGAUGCAUCUGGUUCCCAAUAAAUCACGCAGGGGCGAAGUUCGUGGGCAAAAGAACAACUUUUGACUAAAGGUUUUUCAGCUUCUGCGUUUUAUUGCUGGCAGUGGGUAGGUGGGGGUCUGGGGAGCAGAUAUAACAGUGGGGACCAUCCAUGGGAGGGCAGGGGAGGCCUGAGUGGGUCAGCACCCCCCCCCGUGCAAACCUAGCUCUCCAAGAAGGGAAAGAGUGACCAGCCGCUUGGACUUUGGCCUCUUCUCUCCUCCGGCAAAACGAGACGCACCGGAAGCCGGCGGGGCAAAGUCCCGGGCCAAGAGAGGUCUGUUCUGUUUUGUCCCUGCCAAACAGCCCCCUCUGAACUGGCUGCGGCGAGAAGCAAGAGGACAAGAGAAGGGAGGCCGCCACUGGCCCCCACCACUGGCGGAGCAGCGAAGAACAUAAGCGAAACCCUGCAGGAUCCGACCAUUGGUCCACCCAGCCCAGCGUCUGGUUCCCACUGUGGCUGACCAGAUGCCCCCAAGGGAAAUCCAGGAGUAGGACCCCUCUCCGCUCCUGCCUGUGGACUGUCUGGCCAGAGUGGUGCAUGCUCUGGUUGUCUCCCGCUUGGACUACUGCCAUGCGCUCUACGUGGGGCUACCUUUGAAGGUGACCCGGAAACUACAACUGAUCCAGAAUGCGGCAGCUAGACUGGGGACUGGGAGCGGCUGCCGAGACCAUAUAACACUGGUCCUGAAAGGCCUACAUUGGAUCAGGGUAUGUUUCCAAGCACAAUUCAAAGUGUUGGUGGCAUGAUCUAAACUCUGGAAUAAGGGCAUAAAAUUUACGGCAUGUACUGUAUUAAAGGAAAACAUCAUAGAAUCAUAGAGUUGGAAGAGACCACAAGGGCCAUCCAGUCCAACCCCCUGCCAAGCAGGAAACACCAUCAAAGCAUUCUUGACAUAUGCCUAUCAAGCCUCUGCUUAAAGACCUCCAAAGAAGGAGACUCCACCACACUCCUUGGUAGCAAAUUCCACUGCCGAACAGCUCUUACUGUCAGGAAGUGGAAUCUUCUUUCUUGUAUAUGAAUCCAUUGCUCCAUGUCCGCUUCUCAUGAAGAUGAUGUAUCAAUGGUAUCUCACUCCAACCAAGUUGGCAAAAAUGUACAGGACUGGAAGUAAAAAAUGCUGGGAAAGCUUAGAUAAGGAUGGCGAUUUUUACCACAUGUGGUGUUGUUGUUGUUUAGUCGUUUAGUCGUGUCCGACUCUUCGUGACCCCAUGGACCAUAGCACGCCAGGCACUCCUGUCUUGCACUGCCUCCCGUAGUUUGGUCAAACUCAUGUUCGUAGCUUCGAGAACACUGUCCAACCAUCUCGCCCUCUGUCGUCCCCUUCUCCUUGUGCCCUCCAUCUUUCCCAACAUCAGGGUCUUUUCCAAGGAUUCUUCUCUUCUCAUGAGGUGGCCAAAGUAUUGGAGCCUCAGCUUCACGAUCUGUCCUUCCAGGGAGCACUCAGGGCUGAUUUCCUUAAGAAUGGAUAGGUUUGAUCUUCUAGCAGUCCAUGGGACUCUCAAGAGUCUCCUCCAGCACCAUAAUUCAAAACAUGUGGUGGCUGUGUAAUAAAUAAUAGCCACAUGUGGUGGCUGUGUAAUAAAAUAAUAGCCACAUGUGGUGGCUGUGUAAUAAAACAAAGGCAUUUGGGGACAGUAUAUACAAUGAACUUAAAAUAAUGUCUAGAUAUACCUUCCCUAAAAGGCUGGAGGCAUUUCUUUUAGGAAUGCUUGGGGAGGAGAUACCAAAAGAAGACGAAAAACUUUCUGUAUGUGACAAUGCCGGUCAGAGUUUCAAGGAUGAAACAUCAAGAUCUGCCGACUAUCGAGGAAUGGCAAACAGAUGGUAGAGUGUGCAGAAUUAGCCAGGAUGAUUUGUGAGCAGGAUGAUUUGUGAGCAGACAUUAUUAUUAUUAUUAUUAUUAUUAUUAUUAUUAUUAUUAUUAUUAUUAUGUGUUGUACAGUACAUUUAUGAACAUUUAUUUUAUAUUUGGGACCUUAAAAUUCUUAUAAGGGGCCAUUGUCAGGAUCCCCCCUUCUGUUGCGGGUGCGAUCAUGAGAUUGGAGACCGGUUGCCAAGCCUUUAGGUAUGUGGCCCUGAAAGCGAAAUUAUGGCUAUGGCUCAAACUAUGUUUCAGACCAAUGGGUUUGGCCCCCCUGAUUCUUGGGAUAAUUUUAAAUCUCCAUGGGAAAGGGAAGUGGUAGAGGAAGUGCAAAAGUGCGGUCUGUCCUCCCUUUAUAUUGAGUCCAUGACGUACAGCCGUGCUAAAGUGGUGAUCGCUCAGAGAUUGGGGGAUAUCGCCAGACAGGAGGACAUAGCCCGCGUGAAAUCUGGGAUGUUUUUAGGGGAGCAGGUGUAUCGGUCUGCACCAGCCCGUUACCUGGCGGAUAUCCACUACGUGGAAUACUAAUUACUGUGGCUAGACUGAAUGUCCUUGAUUCAGCGGUUUUGAGGGGAAGAUUUGGAGGAGUCCCAUACGGUCAGAGAAUGUGCCAUUGUGCCUUGGGUGAGGUAGAAUCCACAGAACACAUUCUACUGAGUUGUCCCUUUUAUAAUGAUUUAAGGCAAUAUCUUAUAGACCCGUAUUUAUCUCAGUUUAGUUCCCGACCAAGAGAACGGCAGGCAGCAUAUUUGCUAAACAAGCCCACUGGGAAAAUAACCUUCUCAGUGGCUAAAUUCCUCUUCCUGGCGCUCAAGUGUCGGAAACGUAUAAUCGAAUGUCUUGAUGUGGGUUACCUGUAGGAGGUUUAGUAGCGCGGUCAUACCCCAUUUAUGUAUCCCUCUGAUGCCUUCAGUUUUAUAUUUUUAUAUUUUUAUGUAUCCCUCUGAUGCCUUCUGUCUUAUAUUUUUAUAUUUUUAUGUAUCCCUCUGAUGCCUUCAGUUUUAUAUGUUUAUCUUUGUGUUGAGAAAUGUUUUUUUGUUUCUGACUAU